AUGGUUAUAUUUAGCAGUGAUGUGAUUGUCGGUGUGGAAUCGAAUCAAUUUGAUGAUUCUGGAUCAUUCAGCACUCCUUUAGUUGCUGGAUCUACCAAAUUCGCUGCCAACGAGAGCGCAACACAUCCAUCUCUGAAUCGCCAUGGUGGAUAUAACGCAAACUUAAGUGCCGACAACGUCAAUGAAGAAAGAUUUUCGCUCAAAUUUUGGAAAUUUAAAGCGGAAAAGAAGUCAAGAGUCCUCCACGAUUUGUAUCAGACUUUGUUAAAGGGUGGAGAUGUAGACAACAAUCUUCGUAAGUAUGUCGUGCAGAUCAAGAUAUCAAGAAAGAUGGAGACGAUGGAUGGAAAAAGUGGAUUGAACGAGUUUUACGAUGAUGCUGUUGCAGUUCUGACCGAAAUAAUCCCAAGACAAAAGCUGUUUUCCAAACUCCAAAAAUGGCAAUCCAUGCAUGAUGAUUUGAGCCAUGAAGCAGACGAGUUUAUUGCGAGCAUGCUUCGUAAACCCGCUGAUAGCCGAAAUGCGGUUUCGGAGCCGUGGCCACGUCCAGAUUCUACGCCUCGAGGUCUUUACAAAGAGUUGAAUAUCAAUCUUGGAAAAUAUGAUCGCACUAUAUUUGUGGCGUGGCUCCAGUACUUUGGUUUGGAGUAUCAACGCUUUCAAGAUGCAUCAAACAAUGUUGCCGCGAAGAAGGUCCUCUAUGAUGUUUAUGACCACCUUGCACAAUCGAUGGGAGGGACCGAUACAAAGUUUUGGAUAAAUGAAUUAGGUUCGAACCUGGCGUCGUUUAAAAAAGCGAUGGAGGACCUCAUGAAGCAGAAGAACGAUCUCAGGAGUCUUGCAAAGAAAAAUGUUAGCAUCAAGGAUGCUUUUACCAUUUUGAAGGCGGAAAAAAACGAAGAGAAUUUGCUUCGAUGGCUCGAAUACUGCCAACUCAUCGCCACUCGGAAGAAAAAAAAUAUUGUAAGUACUGUGUCUGGUGAGGACCCAGAAAUCGACAAGAUUUAUCUCGAUGUUAUCAAAACGAUAGAAGACGCGAAGCUGCCUGGAGAUAGGGAAGCAACUAUCAACAGACUGUACGACACGCCAGGCCUGGGGGACCUUCCGAAGAACAUGCAGAAGAUAUUCAGGGAACGGGAACAAAUUGAAGAAGUGAUUCCACGAUAA